AUGUUUCGCGCACAACAGAACGCAUUUGAUGAUGCAGUCGCUAAGGCGACGGACGAGAACCUGACCUCCGAGAACUGGGAGUAUAUCCUCGACGUCUGCGAUAAGGUUGCUGCCGAGGAAUCAGGGGCUAAGGAUGCCGUUGCUGCGAUGAUCAAGAGAUUGGCACACAGAAAUGCCAAUGUGCAACUGUAUACUCUAGAGCUGGCCAAUGCAUUAGCUCAAAACUGUGGCCCAAAAAUACACCGCGAACUCGCGUCGAGAAGUUUCACGGAUGCUCUUCUUCGCCUCGCCAAUGACCGGAACACCCAUCAGCAAGUCAAGCCGAAGAUUUUGGAGCGCAUGCAGGAGUGGGCGCAGAUGUUUGCCAGCAACCCCGAUUUCGGAAUCAUGGAGCAGGCCUACAUGAAAUUGAAGACGCAGAAUCCCAAUUUACAGCCUCCGUCUAAACCCGGGAAACGGGAGAUCACUGACGCGGACCGCCAGAAGGAAGAAGAAGAAUUGCAGAUGGCGCUGGCUCUUUCCAUUAGGGAGAAGCCGAGCGCGGCUCCUGAGCCCAAAGCGGAAUCUAGCACGUCUACCUCCGCACCAGCCAGCCAGACACAAGCAGCCACAUCGCAAGCGGUGCCAUCAGGUACUUCCGCCGCCACCGUUUCUCGGGUCAGAGCACUGUUCGACUUCCAGCCUUCCGAACCGGGUGAAUUACAAUUCCGGAAAGGGGACAUUAUUGCUGUGCUCGAGUCCGUGUACAAGGACUGGUGGAAGGGCUCAUUGAGGGGCCAAACUGGAAUCUUCCCCCUGAACUACGUGGAGAAGCUGCCAGAUCCAACGGUAGAAGAGUUGCAGAGAGAAGCCCAAAUGGAGGCGGAAGUAUUUGGGCAAAUCAAGAAUGUCGAGAAGCUUCUUACGCUUUUGAGCACUCGUAGCUCGGAGUUGAAUGUGCAAGACAACGAGGAAAUCACGGCAUUGUACCACUCGACAUUGGCAAUUCGCCCCAAGUUGAUUGAGCUCAUCGGGAAGUAUUCUCAAAAGAAAGAUGAGUUUACGCAGCUCAAUGAGAAAUUCAUCAAAGCCCGCCGAGACUAUGAAUCUCUCCUGGAAGCAUCCAUGUCCCACCCUGCACAACCCCAGUAUGCUCGACCCGGCCAGUCUCCGUACGGAUACCCUGGACCUGCCGCGCCUCUUGGUUAUCCCCAAGGUCCUCCACAGUCGGAUCCUCAACGAUACUUCAGCCCACGGCCACAGGACCAGACGCACAUGUAUCCUCCAACAUCACACUCACCUGAUCCACGCGGCCGCACUCCACCUGCUGGUCCGUCCUUCCCACAGCACCAGCAGCCACCAUCAGACUCAUACCAGCCUGUCCACCACCGUCCAGAAUCUACAUAUGACAACCCGCAAGAACUAGGCACUUCUGUGUAUGAUUCACCUGUCGAACAUCCGUCUUCAAGCCAGCGGUUACCUUAUCCCUCUGGCGCACAAGUUCCACCUGGUGUCCACCAGCAGUUCCAGCAUCAGCAACAAGAGUACCCGCCUUCAAGUUAUCCCCCCGAGGAGGCAUCCAAACCUCCUACUGCCGGCUUCGCCUCACAACCUCCGCAACAGACACUACAACAACCUCCUUACCCUGCGGCAGCCGUCGCUCAUCAGCCGUCUCCAUCGCACCAGCCACCACCAGUCCCCACUACGGCGUCGAAGCCAACCCCGUAUCCUUCAUUGACACCUGGAACACCCAGUGGAGGGGAGUAUCAGGCGUACAAUCCAUCGCAAGCUGGCGCAGCCAACACGAAUCCUACUUCGUACUACCGAUAA